UCCGAGUAGAAGCGAAAGCGAAACUGUUGCCAAUUUUAGCAACAGCAGUGCAUUUUACUCAAGAACAGCGACAUGCGCAAAAUGAACGUGUUUUCUUUUCCGGUGCUGCUUCUAUUGAUGCAGCUGUUGAUCACAGCGCAGGGAGCAACCAAUCAAACACUAACUGCAACUGCAGCCAGCAACAAUGGGCCCAAUUCCACAAACACAACAGCCACAGGCAACAGCAAAGCGCCAACAACAACUACAAUAACAACAACAACAGUGGGUCCACGUAUGAAACCCACUAAAUUAGAAGCGGUAGCAAUGCAACCACAACUGGAGGGUAAGCUCAAUAAGACGGCAAAUCAGAAUCCGGUGUUGGCACGCGGUGUUACCAACACAGAUACGGCCACAGUGCAAGAGUCAAAAUCCGGGAACACAACAGCAACUGCAACGCAAGCCCCAUCACCACCAAUCAAAUCAGCAAACGCAACAAAUCCAACACCCAACUCGGGCAAAAUUCUUGCCAACGGCGUUACACUAGGUGACAUCAACAACAGUAUCAGCAACGGCACACGGCCAGCAAUUGGUGUCAAUGCCACUGCCAACACCAGCAAGAACAGCAGCAACAACAACAGCAGCAGCAGCACUACAACGACCACCACCACCAGCACCAGCAGCACCACCACCACCACCAGCACCACUACAACCACUACAACCACAACUACCACACCACGUCCUAAAAAGCCAAAAGUAACGAUCAGCAUGGCCAAGCAACUGGAGGGCGAAAAAUUGGAUGCAGCUGCAGCUGCUGGCGCUGGAAGCGUUGCACCACACGUUCUGCCCGUUAAGGAGAUGAGCAGCCUGGCCGAUCGUGGCGAGAAUGAGUAUAUUGUGCCCAUCAUAUCGGUAAUGCUUGCUGUGCCGCUAGCCAUUGCCGUCUUUAUCAUUAUGUAUCGUCGCUUUCGGGAUCUGUGGAGUACACGCCAUUACAGGCGCAUGGACUUUCUGGUUGAUGGUAUGUACAACGAUUGACGAAGGCGCCAGCAGCAGCAGCACCACCAACAACAGCAACAACAACAACAAAUAUGUGGUGCAAGUGGCGGCGGCGGUUCUGGCUGUUUAUCAAUUGCUGCCAUGCGAUUGCCGUAGCGGAAAAGAAUUUGAUAGGAGAGCACAAGAAAUACUUGAAAGAAGAUUAUUAGAUUGUUUAAGUUAUUAUUUGUUUUUAUUUUGCAUGAAAUGCAAACACAAUUAGUGAGUGAGAAGAACAGAUUAACAGGGUGCGAGCGAG